AAAACUUGAGUUUCUAUUGGACACAUUCAGGUAGUUUCCGUCCCGUUUGAGAAACGUUUUCCAACAGAAUUCACGGAAUGAAUACACCCCAAUUGACAUUCCUGGGGAGAAAAAACAUGUCUGCCCCCGUUAAAGCAAUGCUGCCAUAAUCCAAUUUGGUAGGGAUUAGUGUAAAAACAGUUUUAUUCUGGAAUACAAUAUAUUAUAUUGAAUCAAGACCGCGGCAUCGGAAUCGAUAUAUAGCUACCGUAAUGAAGACUUUCUGCGGACGUGCCAACCCGGCCACAGGCGCGUUGGAUUGGGUCGAGGAGAGUGAGGAGUAUGACUACCAUCAAGAGAUUGCCAGGUCCUGCUAUGCUGAUAUGCUGCACGAUCACGAUAGGAAUGAGAAAUACUACCAGGGCAUCAGGGCUGCUGUGAGCAGAGUGAAGGCACGGGGUGAGAAAGUCAUUGUUCUGGACAUUGGCACUGGAACAGGACUGCUGUCCAUGAUGGCUGUCACAGCUGGGGCUGACUACUGCUACGCUGUAGAGGUUUUCAAGCCCAUGGCAGACGCUGCUUUCCGAAUAGUGAAGAAAAAUGGCUUCUCAGACAAGAUCAAGAUCAUCAAUAAACACUCUACAGAAGUGACAGUUGGCAUAGAUGGAGACAUGGAGACUCGAGCCAAUGUCCUCGUCACAGAGCUGUUUGACACUGAACUAAUUGGAGAGGGAGCCUUACCCAGCUAUGAACACGCUCAUCUCAACUUGGUCCAGGCGGGCUGUGAGGCUGUGCCCCACCGUGCCACAGUGUAUGCCCAGCUAGUGGAGUCAGAGCAGUUGUGGAGUUGGGCACAGUUACAACCCAUGGAGGUGGAUGGCCGCAAACUGCUGCCUCCUCCCGCUGUAAGCCACUGUGCUGGAGCCCACUCGGUCUGUGACAUCCAGCUCAGCCAGGUGCCCCCUCACCGCUUCACACCACUAGGGCCUCUCUGCACCAUGUUCAGUGUGGACUUCAGUAAGCCAGUGAGCAGUGCCCCUCAGUCCCACUCCUCCAGCUUCCCAGCUCAGUCCAGUGGCCGGGCUCAAGUGGUCCUCUCCUGGUGGGACAUAGACAUGGACCCCAGCGGCUCCAUCGUGUGUUCCAUGGCUCCCAGCUGGACCUACCCAGACCCUCAGUCCGCUCCUUGGCGGGAUCACUGGAUGCAGAGUGUCUACUUCCUUCCUGUGGAGAGGAGGGUGGCAGAGGGAGAGGAACUUAGCCUUACUGUUUCCCAUGACGACUACAGCCUGUGGUACAGCCUACAGCCAGACAGUCAACAGGGCAUGCUGAGUGAGGCACCACCUUGCCGGCCAUGUUGCGUCUGUCAGGCUCACCUGGUGUGGACACGCACACGCUUCGGGGAGCUCAACGACCGCCAGCGCACACAGAGCUACGUCAGAGCUCUACGCAGUGUUAUAAAACCAGACAGCGUGUGCCUAGGGGUCAGUGAUGGGAGUCUGUUACCCAUCUUCGCUCACAUGCUUGGAGCUAAGAAGGUGUUCAGUUUGGAAAACUCUGGAAUGUUGAAGCAGGUCAUUGAACAAGUGCUGAAUGCCAACUCCAUGAGAGGAGUUCAGAUUCUGGGGAUUCGUCCUGACCAGCUGUCCAGUACUGACCUGGCGGGGGAACAGAUAUCAGUGUUGAUAGGUGAGCCCUACUUCAGCACCAGUCUUCUGCCCUGGCACUCCCUGUACUUCUGGUACUGUCGUACUGCCCUGGUCCGUCUGCUGGCACCCAAUGCCACCAUCUUGCCUUGCUCUGCCACUCUGUGCAUGGUCGCUGUGGAGUUUCAGGAUCUGUGGAGGAUAAGAGCUCCUUGUGGUACAUGUGAAGGCUUUGAUGUUGGACCUAUGGAUGAGAUGGUUCAGUCUCUGGAUUUCCGUGAGUCCCAUGAGGCCGAGCCACAGCCCCUAUGGGAGUACCCGUGUCGGGCCCUGACCCAGCCCAGAGCUGUCAUGACCUUUGACUUCCUACAGUGUGUUCCUGAACAGCCAAUCAGAUGUCAGGGAUCACUACCAUUUACGAGGAGGGGACGCUGCCAUGGUGUGGCCUUGUGGAUGGAGUACCAACUGAAUGAUGACAUCAAAGUUAGCAUGGGCCUGACGAGACCAGUCAGUGAAGAGGGUGCCUGUGAAUGGAGUCUCCAUCGGAAACAAGGCGUGUACUUCUUCAGGUCCCCAUGGGAGAGCUCAGGGGAUGGAAGGGCCUCAGUGUCUUAUAGUUUCACCUUUGAACCCAGCAUCGGGGAUAUCAAAAUGGACUUCACAGUUGCCUCACAGUGAUCUGUAGUGGUACACAUGAAAUUUGGACAUCUCUGGGUUGGCUUCUAUAAAGAGGACAGACAUUGCAAAUACAGCCCCAAAUUACUCUAGUAAAACCAAAUACUGAUGGAUGGUGUUUGUUUUAUACUGUAUUCGUGUGCUUUUAAGUGUGAAAGUGAAUAUAUAAACAGGCCAUGAUUGAAAAAUA